AUAUCGAUUCCCCUUCUCCAGUGAUCCAAUAAUCAAUCACCAUUAUCAUUCAUCCCCUUGCAACCAAAUUCCUACUUCCACAUGGAAAACGAGGUCGAGCCGCCGCCUGAUUUCAAGCUCUGCGGUUACCUCUGUGCGGUUCUCGCAGUUCCCGACGACGCCACCGUUCCCCUCAACUCGAUUUGCAGCCUCGCCGGCGAGAACGCCCAAGUUUACUUCGCCGCUCAGAACGGCGCCCGAUUGACCCUCAUUGGCGAUUCGGAAGCUCCUGAUUCCAAAGGUACGCCGUCCACGAGGAAGCGGUGGGGCAGGAUAGGGAUGGUGCACGGAUCAAUCAGCGUGGUGCACCAAUUGCACGCCCUCGUUGCGCACAAGUGCUUGUGGAUUUUGGCUCGAAUCGUGCACGUCGAGAGCGGCAGUACGGAAAUUAGGGCUGUGGUGUUGGUGGAUGUGUACCUGCCGGCGGAAUUGUGGUCUGGAUGGCAGUUCCCGCGGUCGACCUCCGUCGCCGCUGCGCUUUUCAAACACUUGAGCUGUGACUGGGAAGCUAGAAGCUUGAUACUCAACUCAGUUAGAUUGAAUAGCCAUGCUUCAUGUAGCAUUUGGAAUGUAAAAGACUGUCAUGUUCUUGGUUGUGAACGACAUUGUAGUGCACCUAACAAUCCUAAGAAGAAAAAGGGGUUUGAACUCCAGGAAAUAUUUAAGAGUUUACCCAGCGUGACAAUGAAGGUAGACUCUCCUUGUUCAAGAAUACUGCCAGCAGAUUCGUCCAAUGAAUGCGGAAUCUGGGUGCUAUGGGAUGAUAUUAUGAUUAAAAUUUUAACAGCGUUAAGCCCAAAUGACCUUGUUAAGAUUUCUUUGACAUGCCACCAUUUAAAUUAUCUGGCAGCAUCUAUCAUGCCAUGUAUGAAACUUAAACUUUAUCCACAUCAGCAAGCGGCAGUUGAGUGGAUGUUAGAGCGUGAGAGAGAUCCUAAAGUCUUACAACACCCUUUAUAUAUGAGUUUCACAACCGAAGAUGGUUUUGAAUUUAAUAUCAAUACAGUCUCUGGUGAAAUUGUCACCGGUUCAGUUCCUACAAUCAAGGAUUUUCGUGGGGGAAUGUUCUGCGAUGAACCUGGACUGGGUAAGACUAUAACUGCUCUUUCUCUUCUCCUGAAGACACAAGGAACCUUGGCAGAAGCCCCAGAGGCAGCACAGUUGACUUGGUGUUUACAUAAUGGCAGUCAGAGGUGUGGCUAUUAUGAAGUUAGUGCGGACAAUGCGACCAAGGGAUAUGCAUCAGAUAUCAAUAAAAUUGUGGGCAAAAAAGUUCGUAGGGGCCAAUUAUCUCUUGAUGAACUCAACCCAAUGAACAAUUAUAUCAGCAAUGCAUCACAUUCUCCUAGGCGUCUUAGAUCUGGUGAGCCAAUGCUGGAACCCACUGAUAUGAGUGUUAAUAAACGAAUGAAGUUGUCUACACCGACUUUCUCAGCACCUGCAAGUAGCACUAUAGAGCAUAGCAGGAGCUGGAGUACUGUUAAGAGAAAUCUAUUGGAGGCAUAUGAGGAACCAUCCUCUAAAUCCAAGAAAUACUCAAAAGUCGGGAAGCAUGCCAACAAGGGGAACAAGAAAAAGAUUUCAGCAAAUAAAAAUGGUUUCUCUUGUAGAAUGGGCACCAGGAAGGUGGAGGAGACACUGAUAGGUGACAUUGAAUGCAAUGAAACUUGGGUCCAGUGUGAUGCCUGUAGCAAGUGGCGUAGGACAGCAAAUCAGCGUGAAGCAAAUACUUCUGCAGCUUGGUUUUGUAGUAUGAAUAGUGACCCCUCGUACCAAAAUUGUAAUGUACCUGAAGAGUCCUGGGAUUACAAGCAAUCCAUCACAUACUUACCAGGGUUCCAUGCCAAAGGAUGCUUGGGGGGAGAGCAGGAAAAUAUUAUGUUUUUCACCAGCGUGCUAAAGGAGCACUACACAUUAAUCAAUUCCGAGACAAAAAAAGCCCUGACUUGGCUAGCUAAACUUCCACCACAUAAGUUAGUUGAGAUGGAAACAGCUGGAUUGGUCAGUCCUAUCGUAGGAACCUCACUAUUUGAUACUAGAGUUGCUCGUAAUUAUCACAAAAUAUUUAAAGCAUUUGGCCUAGUACAAAGAGUGGAAAAAAAAGCACUGAAGUGGUACUAUCCUGGACAUCUUCGAAACUUGACCUUUGAUUUGGAUGCCCUUAGGGUUGCUCUUUGUGAGCCAUUAGACUCACUGAGGUUUUAUUUGUCAAGUGCAACUUUGAUUGUUGUCCCAUCCAACCUUGUUGAACAUUGGAAAACUCAAAUUGAAAGACAUGUGCGACCUGGUCAAUUAAGAGUGUAUGUAUGGGGUGAUCAAAAGAAAAAGCCUUCCGUUCACAACUUGGCUUGGGACUAUGAUGUUGUGAUAACUACCUUCAACCGUUUGAGUGCUGAGUGGUCUCCCCGUAAAAGAAGUGUAUUAAUGCAAGUUCAUUGGCUCAGAGUUAUGUUGGAUGAGGGGCAUACUCUUGGCUCAAGUCUCAACUUGACAAACAAGUUGCAAAUGGCAAUUUCACUGACUGCCACAAACCGCUGGCUGUUGACAGGCACUCCAACCCCCAAUACUCCUAGCAGUCAGCUUUCUUAUCUUCAACCAUUGCUAAGAUUUCUCAAAGAAGAGCCAUACGGGCAGAAUCAAAGAUCAUGGGAAGCGGGUAUAAUAAUGCCGUUCGAGGCAGAGAUGGAAGAUGGAAGGUCACGUUUGCUGCAGUUACUUAAGAGAUGCAUGAUUAGUGCAAGAAAAAAAGAUUUGAAGGCUAUACCACCUUGUAUUAGAAAAGUGACUUUUGUGGACUUUUCUGACGAACAUGCAAAAAGUUACAAUGAGUUGGUAGAAACAGUUCGGCGUAAUAUUUUGAUGGCGGAUUGGAAUGAUUCAUCUCAUGUUGAGAGUUUAUUGAACCCAAAACAAUGGAAAUUUCGGGCUGCUACAAUUAAAAAUGUAAGGUUGUCCUGCUCUGUGGCUGGGCAUGUCAGAGUAUCAGAUGCUGGCCAAGAUAUUCAAGAAACUAUGGAUGUCUUAGUGGAGAAUGGCUUGGACCCUAUGUCACAAGAGUAUGGUUUGAUAAAGUACUAUCUCUUAUAUGGUGGCGAUUGUGUGAGGUGCAAAGAAUGGUGUCGUUUACCUGUCAUUACACCCUGUAGGCACCUUUUAUGCCUUGAUUGUGUUGCUUUGGACAGUGAAAUGUGUACAUUUCCUGGCUGUGGUUACUCAUAUGAGAUGCAAACUCCAGAGGAAUUGGCUCGUCCAGAGAAUCCUGAUCCUAAAUGGCCUGUGCCAAAAGAUCUUAUUGAGUUGCAACCCUCAUAUAAACAGGAUGACUGGAAUCCUGAUUGGCAGUCAACAUCUAGCAGCAAAGUUACAUACUUAGUUCAUCAGUUAAAGCAAUUACAAGAACAUAAUAUGAUGAUUGUGUGCCCUACCGAAAAGGGAGAGGUUAUGCCUAAUAACUUUAAUUUAUCCUCUACGUCGAGCUAUUACAACACAUCCCCAGAUCAGGAGGCUUCCCAAAACUCUAGAAAUGGAUGGUGCCUAAAUGGCUUGGAGAAAGUUAUUGUUUUCUCACAGUUCCUCGAGCAUAUCCAUAUAAUUGAGCAACAGCUGAGCAUUGCGGGAGUCCAAUUUGUUGGAAUGUACAGUCCUAUGCACUCUGGCAACAAGAUGAAAUCUUUGGCAACUUUCCAGCAUGAUCAAAACUGUAUGGCUCUCUUGAUGGAUGGAAGUGCAGCAUUAGGUCUUGAUUUAAGCUUUGUGACUCAUGUCUAUCUAAUGGAACCUAUUUGGGAUAGAAGUAUGGAGGAGCAGGUUAUUAGUCGGGCUCAUCGAAUGGGUGCAACACGUCCCAUUCAUGUCGAAACACUGGCAAUGAGGGGCACAAUUGAAGAGCAAAUGCUGAGAUUUUUGCAGGAUGGCAACGAAGGUGGAAAGUUGUUGAAGGAAGAGUCUGGUACAAGUGACCGCUAUCUUGAUGGGGAACGAACACUUAAAACAUUGCACGAUUUUGCUGAAAGCAAUUAUCUGGCUCACCUCAGUUUUGUCCGUACAAAUUCCAGGACAAAGGCAUGUGAUUAAUUUAUAAUUUCUGGAUUAGUUUGAUGUUAGAAUGUAAUUAGUAGUAUGAUGUCAAUGUGCUCCCUCUACAAUUAGCAUAUUUUUUGAACUUCUGCAGUUAUUGUAGUGAAUUGAAUCUCAUAUUUGAAUGCUUGAUUCAAUUUUUUGGCA